CCCCCUCAGCCAGCCAGUCCUGCCCUGGGGCUGGGGAGGAGCCGGCGCCCCCUAUAGGGCCUGACGGGGGCAGAGCCCCAAUGGGACGGGUCCCUAUGUCUGGCAUCCGCUUGUGUCAAUAUUUGUCCUAGAGUCUGAACUCCGCCCUGGGUUGUCAUCAGUCUGGCGAAGGAGAGGGAAGGAAUCGGCCCAUGAAGCCAGGAAAGGGUUAAUAGCCCCCCAAAUGGGGGGUAGGGAAUGAGGGGAUCCCCCCGAACCUUCCCCCCAACUCAUCCCCUGGCCCUCUCCACAUCUUCCCCCCCACCUCACCUGCUCCCCAAACCUUUCCCCAAACUCACCCCAAUUCUCCUGAACCUUUGCCCCCCAACUCACCCCCCCCCAAAAUCUUCACCCUGGAAAUUCAGACCCAACUCGCAGCCCCACCCCGUUGGCUUUAGGGAGGCGUCCUGGGGCCCGGUCGCGGGCCGCUUUGUGUCGAAGCGUUUCAACCCUUGGGGUGACUGUCAGUGGCGUUGUGACACCCCACCGCCCCGCCCAGGGAGUGGGGUGCUGGGGGGCAGGGAGCGGAUGGGUUCAGAGCGGGUUUCCACAUGUCCUGAGCGGCUUCUCUCCCCACAGCCAGGGAGAGAACCCAGGCGUCCUGGCUCCCAACCCCCCUGCUCUAACCCACCAGGCCCCACUCCCCUCCCAGAGCCAGGGAGAGAACCCAGGAGUCCUGGCACCCAGAACACCCUGCUCUAAUCCGCUACACCCCCCAGGCUGAGGGGUGUGUGUGUGUGUGGUCUGGAUGCGGGCGCUGUAUGUUUCCCCCUGGGGCUAGGGCAGAGCAGUCAGGCGGGUUGGCGCAGUGGCAGGGAGUCCCGCAGGCCCCAGGGGGUGAGUGGGAGGGGGCAAGACAAGACCAAACAAUGAGGCUGCCCUGAGAGAGGGAGGAAAACAGCUCCCAGGUGCUGACAUAGCAUAACCCGCAGAGAGACACACGGUCGCCCGAGGGGCGUGGCUGGGAGCUUCUCUGUGCCUCAGUUUCUCUAUCAUAGAAAGGGGGUUCCUUUCUCUGUGUCGAUUGUAACAGGGCAGGGACUGUCCCAUACUGUGUGUCUCUUGAUUGACCGGCGCGACGGGGCCCCGAUCUCCAUUCUCCGUCUCAGUGGGGACGCCCCGGGCGUCUCCGUCUCACCCGGCCGUGCCCCCAGCAGGUGCCCGAUGGCCCUGGACGACGGCCCCGACUGGCUCCUGGCGCUGCUCACCGAAAUCCAGCUGGAGCAAUUUUACCACAAGAUCCGCGACGAGUUACACGUCACCCGCCUGGCCCACUUCGACUACGUCAAACCCUCCGACCUCGACCACAUUGGCAUGGGGCGCCCUGGUCAGCGGCGGCUGGAAGACGCCAUCAAGCGCAGGAAGCAGCAGGGGCUGCGCCCCAAGUCCUGGGUUUACAAGAUGAUCGGUGGCCCGAGGACCCAGGAGCCGGGGGAGGGGCCCUCCCGCCCCCCCGCUCCCCGCCUGGACUCGGACACCUCCCUGAAAUGUCUGAUCAGCGAGUGGGACCUGCGUCUGGGGGAGCGGCUGGGGGACGGCUGCUUCGGGGUGGUGCACCGGGGGGAGUGGACCCCGCCCGGCGGGGGCACUCUCUCCGUGGCUGUGAAAUCCCUCCGCUCCGACGUCAGCACCGACCCCCUGGCGCUGGUCGACUUCCUCCGCGAGGUGAACGCCAUGAGCGGCCUGGAGCACCCCCAUCUCCUGCGGCUCCACGGGGUGGUCCUCAGCCAGCCCCUCAAGAUGGUCAUGGAGCUGGCCCCGCUGGGCUCCCUGUACGACCACCUGCGCCCGCCCUACCCCCUGCACCGGCUCUGGCUCUAUGCCCUGCAGGUGGCCCAGGGCCUGGCUUACCUGGAGUCCAAACUCUUCAUCCACCGGGACGUGGCCGCCCGCAACGUCCUGCUGGCCUCCGAGGAGCAGGCCAAGAUCGGCGACUUCGGCCUCAUGCGGGCGCUCUCCCGCCGGGGCGACCGGUACAUCAUGUCCGCCCACCGCAGAGUCCCCUUCGCCUGGUGCGCCCCCGAGAGCUUGCGCUCUGGCACCUUCUCCCACGCGUCCGACGUGUGGAUGUUCGGGGUCACCCUCUGGGAGAUGUUUUCCUACUGCGAGGAGCCCUGGAUGGGGCUCUCGGGGCGACAGAUCAUGCUGAAGGUGGAGCGCGAGGGGGGGCGGCUGGAGCGCCCCGAGGAUUGCCCCCGGGGGCUGUACGGCCUGCAGCUGAAGUGCUGGGCCCACAACCCCAACGAGAGACCCCACUUCAGGGACAUCAUCGCCCUCCUGCAUGAGCUCCGUCCCCGGGAGGUGAGAGCCGCUCACGACUUGAAUGAACCGGGGUGGCUGAGACUAGAAACCAACGAUCUCAUAACGGUGAUAGAGGGCAGCCCCGAGUCCUCGACCUGGAGGGGCCAGAACAGGCGGACGCUGCAGGUCGGGAUCUUCCCGGCCUCGGUGGUGAGCCCGGAGGAAUCGCCCCCCUCUGGGGUGCCCCGGAUCAGCCUCCCCGUCCGCAACAGCUUCCAGCACGUGGGGCACGGAGACCUGGAGCCCAGCCGCAGCUGGGGGGCCCCUGACCGCAUCGAGGAGCUGAAGGGGAAGCCCCGAGACCCUAAAGAUCCCGGCGGGAUCAAGCCGGGGGCCCAGCAGCUGAUCCGGCUGACGCGUCUCUCUAAGAGUCUGGACUCAGUGUCAGAUUUAAGCGUCCUUCAGAUGAAACCCAGGCGUCCGGGUAAAGAUCUCGCCUUCCUGCCUCAUCACCUCGGCAACCCACCGUCCCGCCCACCGUGGGAAAUGGGGCUCCGGCCCCUAGAGACGCCCCCGAAGUCACGGCCUGCCCCUCGGCCCAACCAACCCCGCAGGACAGAUGCUCCCCUCCAGCAACCUAGGGACAGGAGGGAGGCAGGGGGGGCCAAGGCCCCUGGGGGGGCCCACAGGGCCGCAGUGGGGGUCAUGGGGCCCCCAUGUGGCGGGCAGAAGGGCAACAGUGACAUGGAGCGGAAAAUCAAAGAGGUGGAGGAGAAGGUCCACGGGGUGACGGUGGACGAGUGUCGCGAGGCGCUGAGGCUGCACGGCUGGGACACCCAGAGAGCCGUCGAGGAGCUGAAGGUUGACCAGCUGUUCCACAUCAGCCCGCACUCCCGGGACGAAUGCCGGCGCAUCCUGGAGAAGCAUCGCUGGAACCUGGCCAUGGCCUCACGCUACAUCCUGAGCCGUGGCCUCCGGGCCUGAAGGGGGCGUCCCCCACCCCAGCGGGGCCCAGGGACAGCCUCGGCUUCCCGCCUCCGCCUGGCCUGGGCCUUCCGGCCUCCCAGAGCCGUGGAGAGAACCCAGGAGUCCUGGCUCCCAGCCCCCCCGCUCUAACCCACCAGCCCCCACUUCCCUCCCAGAGCUGGGGAGAGAACCCAGGAGUCCUGGCUCCCAGCCCCCCUUCGUCUAACCCACCAGCCCCCGCUCCCCUCCCAGAGCUGGGGAGAGAACCCAGGAGUCCUGGCUCCCAGCCCCCCUUCGUCUAACCCACCAGCCCCCACUCCCCUCCCAGAGCUGGGGAGAGAACCCAGGAGUCCUGGCUCCCAGCCCCCCUUCGUCUAACCCACCAGCCCCCACUCCCCUCCCAGAGCCAGGGAGAAAACCCAGGAGUCCUGGCUCCCAGCCCCCCCGCUCUAACCCACCAGCCCCCACUUCCCUCCCAGAGCUGGGGAGAGAACCCAGGAGUCCUGGCUUCCAGCCCCAGCCCCACCCCCACCCCCUUCUCUGACCCACCAGCCCUCACUCCCCUCCCAGAGCCAGGGAGAGAACCCAGGAGUCCUGGCUCCCAGCCCCCCUUAGUCUAACCCACCAGCCCCCACUCCCCUCCCAGAGCUGGGGAGAGAACCCAGGCAUCCUGCGGCUGGUUGUGAGUUGCUUGUGUGGCUGUAGCCUGCCGGGGUUGCGUGCGCGUUUCGGGAGGGGCGCGAGGGUAUGGGUGUUGUGUGCAUGGAAGUCGGUGACGCUGCGUGUCGUCUGUUUUUGCAUGUUCCCCCCCCUGUGAGGGUGUGGAGCUUGCCCCGUUGUGUGAGUGUUUUGGGGGAGACACACGAUUGUGAGUCUGGGAUGCGCGUGCGCACACAGCCGCGGCCAGGCUUGUGCGUCCCUCGCGCGUGACGGUGUGUCCGCCCCCUUCCCGGGGUUCGUGAUUUUUCACGAGACUUGUGCGUGAUGAAUGGGGGUGUGCAAAGCUGGCCGCGUGCCAGGUGGUGUGCGCCUUGCACAUGAAGGGGUGGGCCUGCAAGCCAGGCCCUGUGUGUUCCUACUGUACAGUUGUUAGGGGUGUUGUGUAUAUAUUGUGCACUGCAAUAAA